AAUUGAUCACAUGAACUACUGAUUUUUACAAGAUGUUGGUACUCGUACUUGGAGAUCUUCACCUACCUCACCGGUGUCAUACUUUGCCCUCAAGGUUUAAAAAAUUACUUGUCCCUGGAAAGAUACAACACAUCUUAUGUACUGGAAACCUUUGUACAAAGGAGUCAUUUGACUAUCUUAAAACACUAGCCAGUGAUGUUCAUGUGGUGAGGGGUGAUUUUGAUGAUAACCUUAAUUAUCCAGAGCAGAAGGUUGUUACAGUAGGACAAUUCCGUAUUGGUUUAUGUCAUGGCCAUCAGGUGGUGCCCUGGGGUGACACAGAAAGUCUGUCGAUGGUCCAGCGUCAGUUAGAUGUUGAUAUCCUCAUCUCUGGUCACACACACAAGUUUGAAGCAUUUGAGCAUGAAAAUAAAUUCUACAUCAACCCUGGUUCAGCUACAGGAGCAUACAAUGCUUUAGACAGCAAUACUGUUCCAUCGUUUGUGAUUUUGGAUAUACAACAGUCAACAGUGGUAGCCUAUGUAUACAAAUAUAUAAACAAUGAUGUCAAAGUUGAGAGAAUUGAAUAUCGCAAAAACUGAAAGGAUUCAGUGAGGACAUUUCACUGCAACUGAUCAACAUUUCAACAUCUUUUUUGUCUCUGUGACUGUGCUCUGGAUACAUUUGUGCUACACAAUAUUUCAUUGGAUGAAGAUUUAACUUUGUUUUCAUUUUUGUUAUCUCAUUGUUACAAUUCUGGUGUAGUGAGACAUUAACCAAUGUAUCUUGUUAUCUCCCUUAAGGCAACACAGUCUUUGGAAGAGACAAAUCUCUUUUUUGAUUAAAGCACAGUGUAUCUCAACUCUCAGCUGUAACCACUAAUUUCUAUUUGUUGUUAAUCAAAUGUUGUACAUUAGAUAAAUUAGUGAUUCAACACUGACAGAUGUACCACAUGGUAACCAUAAGGUUUUUGGGUAAAUUACUUAUGACUAAUCCUCGAGAUUCAUUGUAUAUUGUAGAUAAUUAUAUGUACAUAAAAAUACAUUUGUUCAACUACAAAUACAAUGGUUGAAAUGGAGCCACAAGUGUAAACAGGUUCUAGGUUGUGUUCAGAAAGGGAAACUGUUUGAAAUUAAUAUAAUCAGGAUUUUAGUAUAUAUUUCAGAAGUGUUUGGUUUGAAAUUACAGAAUUGUUUCUGACAGUUUGAAUGCUGGUCUAAAAUAUUUCAUAAAAUGAUUAUUUCAUCUUUAUGUCAGUACUUCACGAUUUGAAAAGCUGGGUUUCUUUCCAGAACACUUUCAUUACCAGAUCAUCAAUGCAAGGUUUCCAUAAGUAAAUUAGUCAGAAUAUCAACAGAAUUUAUCUCAUUCUGUCCUGUUAUCAGUGUAAUAAUAUGCAAUACAUAACUACCUACGUAUCAGUGUAAUAACACCCAUUUUAAAAAAAUACACACAUGCAAGCAGAGCUGUGGUUGGCUGAAGGUCCACUGUGAUGUCAUAACUUCAUGAAAUUGCUUGCAUUGUUACAUCAGUAAAGAAAGAUAACGAGAGAAAAUAUCACCAAACUGAAUGCAGUUUAAUAAAAAGAAAAAUAUUUUCACAAAUGCUUGCAAAAGUAUCUGUGAUACAGAAUCUUUCAAACAUUUCAUGUGAGAUUUAUGAAACAUAAACACAUUAAGAGGUGCUGUACAUGGAAUGCUUUGUUGUAUUCAAGAAUACAUCCUUAAGUAAAACAUUUGCAAACUUUUCAUUCAGCUGUAGAAUACUGCACGGAUAAACAUGUUUGACUUUCAAUACAAGUUCACAGGUAUGUAAUGUGAGUACUGAUUACAUACUGGUCUUAAUUCAAGGCAUGAAAAUAAAAGAAAUAAUAUUGUCUUAACGAAAAUUGAAUCUAAAUACACUCUUCUUGUUAAAUUGGAAAGAAUGUGAGCAUCGUUAACGAUGGAAAAUGUACAUUUCUUAAGGAUAAUAUACAUAACCACUGUUGUGUUGCUGUAAUCUGUUAUCAUCACUGUUUAGGUUUUGUUAAAAUUCCUUCAUUUAUGGACUUUUUAUGUUCAGUGUUUGUCUGUGAAUUUAUUUAUAUAUAAAUUAGAAAAACAAAUAUGUAUUAGAAAAUACACAACCUGAUAGAA